AUGAAGCUCAAUUUGAUCUCAAUUUUCUCGUUGGUAUUAUUGUGCCACAACUUGGCACUUGCCAAAGAUUCACUAACACGUAAGGAAAGUCUUGAAAUUUGUGAAUCAGUGUCACUGCUGGACAAUGAGCCGACUUCGCAGCACAACUGUUCUGGUGAAAAUACCGUCGUUGGAUUUGACAACAUUUCAUAUGAAGAUUUCAUUAACAUUACUGAAAAUCCUAAUUACAAGGAUGGAAAGUUGAUUACAUUGCUCAACGAAUCGGUUACCAUUUCAGAUUCACAUACAGACCUGUUUUUGCCGAAUAGUAUCAAAGAUAAUAAUGUACAUGAUCAAGAGCAAUCGUUAGUGGAACUGUAUACUGAUAUAAUAGAGGCAUUCAAAGUUUACUUCGGUUUCAAAGAGAAUUCAUGUUGGACACGGAAGACUGUUGUGGUAGAUGAGGAAACAGGCAGUUACUACCACCUCAUACAAUUAGAUGUGAAAGGGCAUGAUUGUGAUCCUUCUGCACAAUUUUUGGCCAUCAUCGAUGAAGUAGAGAAGAUGCUUGAAAGGUUCGAAUACUUUGAUGCUUCAUGGUGUAUUAAUAAUACAAUUGAUGGAAGUUUAGAAGCAUAUGUUCAGCAUGGAGUUAAUACCAUUUCAUUCACCUCUUGCAAUAACUAUGGAUUCUAUAGAGGCAAGAGUGCUUUCAGGGAUACUGCUCAUUAA